AAGUCGUGUACGGAGUUAUGCAAAAUAUGUGCAACUGUGUGUUCGAGACUUUGCGCUUUCUUCCUUGCAAUUGUGAUCUCUGAAUUUCUUUUCGGGACUUGAAUUCCUCCUAAUUCGCCUUCACUCCUCGGUACAUUUCGCAGUAAAGAACAACAAAUGGAGAAGGUCGAGACAAACGGCGAUGAUAUCACCGUGAACAUCAAGUUCGGCGGACGAUCCAUACCCGUUUCUCUCUCUUCCGAUUCCACCGUCAGGGACCUCAAAUCUCUCCUCCAGCCCCUCACCAACGUCCUCCCUCGAGGUCAAAAACUCAUCUUUAAAGGGAAAGUUCUGGUCGAUGAAUCGACGUUGAAGUCCUCGGGGGUGUCGAAUGGGGCUAAAAUCAUGCUCAUGGCUUCUCAAGGCUUGCACCAAGGGGACGGUCCAAUUAAGAAGGAAACGCCGGCCUCAUCAAAUUUGAGGAGGAAUGCCGAUGGAAAUCAAGUCAAGGAGAAAAGGGAAGUUACUGUUGAAAAGAGCCAGACUGCGCGUUGGAAAGUUACCGGUGUGAUAGCAUUGUCUCAAUGCAACUUGAGGGCAAUACCUGAUGAAGUAUGGAAUUGCGGACCUUCUGCAAGAGUACUCGAUCUCAGCCACAACUCUAUGGAAGAUGUACCUGCUAAAAUUGGCUGUUUGAGUUCUAUUCAGAAACUGCUCCUGAAUGCAAAUGAAAUAAGGGACAAUUCCAUUAGCUGGGAAGGACUAACAUCUCUGAAGUCUCUAACUAAUUUGUCAUUAAGCCAAAACUAUUUAACAACCUUGCCUUCUUCACUGGAUGCUUUAGCUUGUCUGAUGCAACUCGAUAUUGCAAACAAUAAGCUGGCGUCUCUCCCAGAUGAAAUAGGACAUCUGACUCAUCUUCAAGUGUUGAAGGCUAAUAAUAAUAGGAUAUGUGCCAUUCCCACUAGUAUUGGGGAAUGUACCUCACUUGUGGAGGUUGACCUUUCAGCAAAUCUACUGGUUGACUUGCCAGAGACAUUUGGCAAUUUGCAUAACUUGAAGGCUUUGCAUCUAAGUAAUAAUGGACUCAAAUCCCUCCCACCUACGCUUUUCAAAAUGUGCAUCUGCCUUUCAACCCUGGAUCUGCAUGGUUCAGAAAUCACAAUGGAUCUUCUCCGCCAGCUUGAAGGAUGGGAAGAUUUUGAUGAGCGUCGUCGCUUAAAACUUCAGAAGCAACUGGAUUUCAGAGCUGGGGGAUCUGCUGAAUUCGACGAGGGUGCUGAUAAAAGCUUUUGAGAGCACAAAAGACGUGAAGAUUUUCAUUCUGCCAUUCCUUAAAACAUCAAAAGGUACUGAAAUCCAAGAGUUGGAGGAAUCUGCUGAGUUUGACAAGCAUAGGGAUUUGCUCUGAGCUAAUGAACCAAGAAAUUUUCGUCAGUCUACCCAGAAUUAUCAAUCAAAUGUGACUGGUUCGCUGCACUGCAGAGCCCAUAUUGUAAUCUCGAAUUUAUGAUUUUACAAGUACCAGAGAUAUUGGAUUUGUAUUACUCAAACAACGAAUGCAAUAGCAAGGAAUGAUUUCCUUGAUAGUUUGUCCA